UGAGUUUGGUCACACUUUGGGUGAUUGUAAUAAAAAACGAACAGGCCGGUUUUGUUAGAAAAUUAACGAAAUCAAGUUAGUUUUAAUCUGCCGCCCAUUUUCUCCAAUUGAAACUACGUCACGCCGAAAAUGCCCCGAUACAAGGAGUGGGACCUGGCUUGCAAGGUGUAUGUGGGCAACCUGGGGAGUUCCGCGUCCAAGUACGAGAUCGAAGGUGCUUUCAGCAAAUACGGACCCUUGCGCAACGUUUGGGUGGCCCGCAAUCCUCCGGGCUUCGCCUUCGUGGAGUUCGAGGACCGGAGGGACGCGGAGGAUGCGAAGCGUGCUCUGGAUGGAACACGCUGCUGCGGCGCAAGGAUUCGCGUGGAGAUGUCAUCGGGGCGUUCUCGUCGCUACAGGACGCCACGUCGCUCCCGUUCUCCAGACCGCUCCCGUUCGCCACGUCGUUCCCGGUCGCCCCGCAGUCGCAGCUAUUCGCGCGAUCGGCGAAGUCGCUCGGAUUCUCGCGAUCGCCGUUAAUAUAUUUCCAAAAAAAAAAAAAAAACAGGAUAAAAUUUAAGCUGUGUCGCAAUUAAACCCUAAACAUGGCCCAGGCCGUCUUUUUUUUAAGGAAUUCCUGUGUUGAUUGCGAUGUAAGUAAAUUCUCUUCAGAUGACAAUAUAUUUCUUUCAAACAAA